AGUGACAGUAUCUUGGGAUUCGGCUUUCUGCUUCAGAACUAGCCUGAAUCUUCUCUGAUCUCUUGGCACUUUGCGGUGCAGAGUGGGCUUGCUGGUUGGUCUGUGCUUUUGGUUGCCCAUCUGUCAUUUCAUCCUGGGUUAGCAGCCUGAGCUCUGCCCCAGGGAGGGGAGGGAGGCCAUGGAGGUUCCUCUAGUCAAUUUUGAGAACCUGGAUGACAUCGGAAUCAACCUGGGAGACCCAAGUGACUCGGGAUAUCCGAACUCUCCCACCUCAGAUACCCCGGAACCAAACCAGGGGACCCGUGGCAUAAACUCACCCACACACUCACCUCAGAGAGGAAGACAGCCGAGGCACUCGCUGGCCUCUCCACCAACACUGAGCAAGAAAGGAACAUCAAGCUGUAACAGCCUGAUCUCCAACUGGAAGGUUCUGAUGAACAGCGAGGGCAGUCCCAAUGAGGCUCUCCUAGGAAAAGUAGCCAAGGAUUGUUGUGAGGACUACUUUGCUGAAAAGGAGAAAUUUGAGGAGGGCGAACAAAAAGUGGUUAUCAAUGUCUCAGGGAUGAUGUACGAAACAACACUUAAAACUUUGAAUCAGUUCCCAGAUACCUUGCUGGGAGACCCCAUGAGGAGGAUUGACUACUUUGACCACAUGAGGAACGAGUAUUUCUUUGACCGCAACCGCCCCAGCUUCGAUGGAAUCUUGUAUUUCUAUCAGUCUGGAGGCAAAAUUCGGAGGCCAGCAAACGUGCCAUUGGAUGUAUUUGCAGAUGAGAUAGUGUUCUAUCGACUGGGGCAUGAGGUCAUGGAACAGUUCAGGGAGGAUGAAGGUUUCAUCAAAGACCCUGAGCCUCAACUCCCAACCAGUGAGAUUCACCGUCAAUUUUGGCUGCUCUUUGAGUACCCAGAGAGCUCCAGUGCUGCCAGGUCAGUGGCCUUAGUGUCUGUUUUUGUCAUUACUAUAUCUAUUUGUAUCUUCUGCCUGGAGACGCUUCCGGAAUUCCGCGAUGAGCGUGAAUUUACACCUGCAUUUGUCAACUUAACCCGUGACGCCAACGGCACACUUCUGUCCCCUACUCCUCAUCCUAAGGCCAUGCUCUCUGUCUUUACUGACCCUUUCUUUGUGGUGGAGACCAUCUGCAUCGUUUGGUUCUGUUUUGAGCUUGUAGUACGUUUCAUAGUGUGCCCCAGCAAGAGCGAGUUCUUUAGCAAUAUCAUGAAUGUCAUUGACAUUGUGUCCAUUAUGCCCUACUUCAUUACUGUCAUAACAGAACUAAUGGCCACCCAAGAGGAAGACCCCACCGCCAACCAGAACAUGUCUCUGGCCACACUACGUGUCAUCCGAUUAGUGCGUGUCUUCAGGAUUUUCAAGCUUUCUCGCCAUUCCAAGGGCCUCCAGAUUCUAGGCCAAACCCUGAAGGCCAGCAUGAGGGAGCUAGGCUUGCUUAUUUUCUUCCUCUUCAUAGGCGUCAUCCUCUUCUCCAGUGCCAUUUACUUUGCUGAGGUUGACGAACCUGAUACUCAGUUCGUGAGCAUCCCGGAAGGAUUCUGGUGGGCUGUGGUCACAAUGACGACAGUCGGCUACGGCGACAUGUGCCCUAUCACUUUGGGGGGAAAGAUGGUUGGGAUCCUCUGUGCCAUCGCUGGUGUGCUGACCAUUGCACUUCCUGUUCCUGUCAUCGUCUCCAACUUCAACUACUUCUACCAUCGUGAAACGGAGCAAGCGGAGAAACAGAUGAUUGACGCUGCUGCUGAGGCUGCUGCAAAUCAGAAAAGCAGUUCUGAAGAGAAGUAUGAAAGCAAUUACUCGCUGGACCAGAGCAAUGGGAACUGGCAGACAGGGAAAAAUGGCAUUCCAUAAGGAUUGGUAUAGUUCACAUGACUAGCAAUAAUGACUGUACAACAAUGCACUUAGAAACUCUUGUUUUUAUGGUUUGACAACUGCUUAAUUAAGAGUUCUACAUAUGUACCUAAUGCUAUGCAUAUACAAACAGUACCUUUACAAAACAUGCUGUUUCAAAGGGAGACCUCAAACAGGACGCUGUUUUAGCCAAAGGCUGCUAAAAACACCUUUGAUGGAUGACUAUAACCUCAGAAGCACUAUCUACUAAAAGGAAGCAAAAGAUAUUGUAAGGGACAUCCCUUUAAGGCUUUACAGUACUACAAACUGAAAUGCACUGAACAGAAAAAGGAAUAUGAAACUCGGGAAGACAAAAAAAGUACUCAUGUCAUCAUUUCGAGACAAACGGCUGCGUUUGACUGAGGUCAAAACAAGCAUUUAAUUAAUCGCGAUUAAGUGCCUGUGUUGCCGAGUCCCUCAAAUUAAUGCCGAGGAAUCAUGAAUCUGCACUCUGAGCAUCCACCCAGCACCACCUUUUGCUGAUGUUGUCGUUCCUUUAGAGUUUUGCACUGACAUCACCUUUUGUCCCUGCUGCUUGUAAAAGAAAAAGCUUAUGCCAAACUGUUAUCCAUCCUUCAAUGUCACUGAAUGUCUCCUCUAACAGCCCUGGUAGUUGUUAUACAUAAUCAGGCCCAUUUGGAAUUUAAAUACAGUAUCCUACGCAUGCAAGUAUGUUAUAUUUGGAUGACCCGCCAUUCUGUGGCAGCAUCUGCUUGCUGCUCGUCCCACAUUUUCUUCUGGUGUUUCUAUUCUUGUCAACAUACACACAGAAUGAGACGCUAGAACUCUAUCUUUAGGGUGAGAUUUGUUUUCGUAUUUCUAUGCUGAGUGAGUUCAAGUUUUGGUACACACCUUUGCUUGGCCAUUCCAUUCAGUUCGUUUUACGUCAUAUCUUCUCUUUUGUUUGACCGACUGUAUAUGAGCAUUGACAAUAGCUAGUAGGAUGCACUCACUUCUUUACAUACAGAUUAAUUGGCCUACUAUCAGCCUUACUCAUUAUGCACAUGGAUAUGUAUGGCUGGAAAACGCACAAGAAUUUAAGCAUGGAUUUAUAUGAGUUACCCACUUAAAACAAUACUUAUCUGUCAAACUGUGGACAUAUAUAUAUAAAAAAAAACUUUUAACUUUAAUUUAGGUUGGUUCUGUUGGUGGAGUAAUAAGUGUUAUUUUUCCAUCUCACUAGUUUAUGCUGACUUGACAAGCCAAUGAAAGCAGAGAGCAUGUUCACACAGAGAAUGUACUGUAAUAGUUAAACCAAUUAAUGAUUAGCCACUUCAAAAGAUGGAAAGGUUUGCAGCAAAUGUAUCAACUAAUCCAGCCUAACAAGUUACUUGUAAAUGUUUGCAACAUCAGGAAAUUUCUUGUGGAUUUAUCUUAUAAACAGAACAGGGAGAAUCAUUAUCUUACAAGCAUUUUAAUAACAUUCAUUAGUAUAUGAAAGAAAUUACACAAAGUUUUUUCAUGCAAUAUGCACACAUGUCUGUGUGUCUUUGUCCAGGAUUUUAAUAGAUGAUAUGUUUUAUUUCACUUAUAAGAUAUUAUUGUCUUUCAGAGGAGUAUGAUUUCUUUCUUUGAAAUAAGAGUAAGAUGUGUUAUGGUCAUCACAUGACAUCAUUUUUCAUUGAUUUCAUUAUGCUUACAGAAAUCUGUUUCCAUAACUUGAGGUUUCUUUAUUGUAAGGAAUUCCCUUUUAUGAGAGAAUAUUUCAUGCUUUAUUUGCAAUAAAAAUACUGCACAUUUGCAUGUUUUUGUAAAAAGCAAAGUUGAGAAAAAAAAUUGAGAGAGAAAAAAUAUGUUUCCAAAGCAAAUUUUGAUUGUAGCAUUUCAGCACUGACUAAAGCAAAGCAAUACAGCACUUUUACAGGGAAGCUAAAAUAAGUUUUCCAGUAAGCUUGAAAAUGAACUUAUGCCAGCAGGUAACAUUGCAUUUUUUUAGACACUUAAUGUAUAACUGUAAUAUAGAUCUUAAAAUGCUUUUUAUCAUGCUGUUGUAAAUUUUAAAAGAUGCAUGUAAACACUGAGAUUAAAGAAUUUGUUAAAAUGACCAUGCUUUGACUAGAGGUAGAAAAAAUAUAUUUAAAUCAUCCCUCUAUUGCGUCAAUGGAAAAAUCUGAAGUAUAUUCCCUUGUGCAUGCAUUUUAUGUCAUAGUAUGGUGUAAUAUCAAUAGUAAUAUUGAAAGUCAUUGUUCAAAAAAUCCUGAGAGUUCUAUAUUGAUUUCUUACAAUUAUCCCACUGACGAAGGUGAUAAUGCCAGUGUUAUGUGAUCAUUAUGGCAUUUAGCAUCUCAUGAAUGUAUGCUAUUGCUGUAUGAUAUAUUUUGAUUGUUUAAGCACUAUAUUUUAGUCAUGAUAUUCUGAGUGCCUUUUAUUAAAUAUAUAUUCAAUUUAUUGGCUCCAGCUUUGUGUGAUUUGACAAGGACACAUACAUUCUCAUUGUAUGAUUAUGGAGACUCAAUACAAAAUAAAAUAUGCUUACUGUAAAAAAAAAAGUUAAACAAAAAUCUCCAUAAAAUAAAACAUUAGACAGAAAAGUUGGUGCGUUGA